UUUGUCCUCUGAUGCGGGAGCUCAGAGGAUGAAUCGGGAGAGAAGAACACGAACAGCUGAGGAAAAGAGCGGCUGAUCACAGACUAAAUCCGACACGUGUGUGGAGCUGACGUCAUGGAUGAAGCUUCUUGCUGCUUUCUUCUGUCUUCUGAUGGAGUUCUGCAGUAGGAUGAGAGUUUGUGUCUCCACUGGUUUGAUCCCUCAGAUGACUUCUGUCCUCUGCUCAGUCCUUCUGUUUGCCUUGGCAGUCACAUCCCCCCUGGGUUUGGAUGAUGUUUUCUUCAGUCCUCACAACCAGACGAUCAGAGAAGGACAAGCUGUUUUCUUCCAGUGUGUAUCAGGAGAAAGUUCACCUCCUGCAAACAUCACGUGGAUCAAAGAUGGACAGCUGGUCACGAGAGGCAGACAGUUUCAGGGCGAGUACGGUGGGGGUCAACAGCAGAAGACCUCGGGCACGCUGCACCUUCUCAACGUAACAUUAGAAGAUGAUGGAACGUACAUUUGUGUCACGCACAACUCUUUACUCAACAUCAGCAAGGAGAGCCGACCAGCUAAGCUAACUGUGCAAGGGGCUCUUAGGAGGCUGCAGAUAACCCAGGGCCCUGACAACAUCACCGUUGCCAUGGGAGCAGAGGUCUACAUGCAGUGCACUGUUCGUGGCUUCCCUGUUCCCAUGGUGCACUGGUUCAAAGACGACUGCCUCCUGUCAAACUGCUCAGCUUCAUUCAGCCUCCAGAACAAUGGACAGCUGCUCACAUUCAGAAAUGUGACAAAGGAGGAUGAGGGCUCCUAUCAAUGUGAAGCAUCAAACCAGAAGGAAACGAUCCGAUCCCAGCCAGCUUUCCUGCUUCUUGCUGAGAUGCAUUGGAGUUUUGUGCAGCAGCCCACCAGCCUGAAGGUGAAAAGAGGCGAUAAUGUCACGAUGACCUGCAGGCCUCCAUUCAGCCGGCCAGAAGCUCAGGUGUCCUGGUUUAAAAACAACCAGCUCCUUUCUCCCAGUGAGAACACGAGUGUGCUGCCAAGUGGAGACCUCUUCUUCCAAAGCAUCCAGGUGAAAGACAGAGGCAGCUACUUUUGCAGGGCCUCCAACACCCACCUCCAAAGAUUCCUCACCUCCAGAAAGGCAACUCUGACUGUGUUGGCCCCUCCAUCAGUUAGACUGUGGCCUACAGUGCUGACGGUGCCAGCGGGUGCUCGGGCUGCGUUGGAGUGUGAGGUGUCUGGUCACCCUCAGCCCUCCAUCAGCUGGAUUAAGAGAGGCCACUCAAAGCAAACUGGAGGCAAGAUUGCAUUGGGACAAAGAAAUGCAACUCUUUACAUCCAGUCAGCCAGGAGUUACGAUGAGGCAAUCUACGUGUGUGAAGCCUCCAACAUCCUGGGGAAAAGCCAAAGCACAGCCCUGCUGAGAGUGGCAGUCAGUCCUAUCAUAGUCACCUAUGUCAGCCAGGUGAGCUGCAGGACUGGAGCAUCCGUGGUCCUGCCCUGUGGAGCUGUUGGGAUUCUCCCCAUCACCUACAGCUGGACCAGAGGCCGGGGCGAGACAAAGUCCCCUGUCGGUCACUCUGGAGACAAACACGCUGAUGAAGAUGGAGCGUUGCACAUGUCCGGAGUGCAGUCGUCUGAUGCAGGGGAAUAUUUCUGCACUGCCCGGAACAGAGCUGGACGCCAUCAGAAACGCACGGUCCUCACAGUAACCGAUGAAGAUCACCAAGCUGACGCAACGAAGCAGGCUUUGUCUGCUAGCUCUAACACAAGCGAAGAGCAGGUUUUCCAGCUGAGAACCUCCCGAUCUGAGCUGAACCUCAACACCGCUCAUCGUGCGCCCGUGUUGGCGCAGCAGAGAAUGAAAAUAUGCUCCAGCUGCACCGACACAACCACAUCUCUUCCAAGAGAAGUUGGUACUGAGUUUGAGACGCCAACAAGGUCUCGUGUCUCACAGCAAACAACAACUCCAGCUCAGCCUUUUAUCACUCAGGUGCAGCCUCCCAUAUUACCACCUCCUCCUCAUCCACACUUCCAGUCAGCUGGUCUCCACUACCAGCAACCACCCAAGAACAAAACGCCUCCUAUGUCAAAUAAUCACCCAGUAGCUCAUAGUCCAACAUCACUGGGAACCAGUGAACUUUUGGGUGCAAAUCCUGAUUAUUUACAAACUAGUAGUCAGGCUUUGACAUCAUCAGAUGCACAAUUACAUCUUCAAAAUGGUAAAGAGUUGGUUUUAGCAUUUGAUUCUCAGCAGCUUGAUGUCCACGAUGGAUCUCCAGAGGAUCAAAUCACAGAGAUGUCCCAUCUUCAACUGGACUCAUACACACCACCUCCAACACUACGGCCAGUAACCCAGAUUAAAGCAGCUCACUCCGUCACUGUGAGGACGACGUUUGGAUCUGAAUCAUAUCAGUCAGAAACUCCUGCCCAUAGAUUAAGGCUGAACUCUAACCCAAAUGCAUCCUCACAGACUCCACAACCUCAGCCUUCUUCAUUUCUCUCACAAACAUCUCAAACUCUUCCUCACCAAAGUCCCACAGCGAGUUUUCCUCCUAAUCUGGAGAUUUCAGCACCUCCAUCUGCUUCAGUCCCAGAAACUCAACCAUCUCAGGUUCAUGGUCCAAUUUCAACACCUUCACAACAGCAUCCAUCCCUUUCCAGUCCCCAUGAUCCCAGUUCACCAAAACUGGAUCAUGGAGUCAACUGGACCAAUCAGCAAAAUUCUACAAAACUACCCAGCAACACACACUGGUUGAAGAACACCUCCCAGUCCCCCAUGACCAGCAACAAUCCCAAAGCAACACAGGUGUCACCGUCAUGGCUGCCCAUGCUGGAGAAGCAUGACAUCCCCAUUGUGGUGGGGGUGGGAGUAUCUUUGGCUUUCAUCUUCAUCACUGUUACUUUCUACUCAGUGGUCCAGAAGAAUGAGCCUGUGCCAGCAGGUCGAGUAGCUCAAAGGAGUGUGGGCGUCCCGGUGAGGCAUGCUGAUGGUCGAGUCGCAGAACGCACUUAUGAAAACAGAGCUUUUGAGGAUGAUGAUUGCGUCACAGUGAUUGAGCAGACCCCCAACACAUCAGACACCCGAGCCCGACCUCCUGGGGCUGCAGGACUGAGCCUGCAAGUGCAGGUGGAGCCUGGAUUUGAAGAGGUUCAAGAGGUCACCCAACCUGCUGCAGAUCACCACGCCAUCACUAUAGAGACUUACCCUGAGCCCAUUGUGGACACAAAGAUGCUUCUUCUACAGUCUGAGGACUCCCUGGAGGACGAUAAGAGAUGCAGUUCGUCUCAGCCCAGCAUCCAGCUGCAGUGCACUGAGGACUGGACAAGCAGCAAAGGAGACAACCACAGUCCAUGUCAGGAUGCCUUACCCCCUCCAUCCUCCUUACCCUCCCCCUCUCCAUCUCCACCGUCCAGGCUUGAGGACACGCUUCGUUCCUCUCUAACUUUUCGAAGCUCCGAGCUGUCUGCAACACCCGUCCGUCACAGCCUCAGCAUCUCCCGCGGGAACCCUCCCCUGUUGCUCUCCCAUCACGUCUCUUUGGGCAGCACAACGGUAGCUGUUGAUGUCCAGUUUUACCCAUCAGCCACUGCUUCCAUGGCAGUCAGCACCAGCACUCAGAUCGGUUCGACUUCAAAUCCGACCUCAGUGACUGCACCUCUGUUUAGUCCUUACAUCAACGGCCAGGAGGACGAUGAUCGCUCGACAGCCAGGUUUCAUCAGUAGCUUCAGACAUGUUGAGCUAAAUGUGAACAAAUGUAUUUUAUUAUUAAAAAUACUUUAUUUAUUUAUUUAUUUAUUAGGGUGCUGGUGAAGGUUCUCAGUCAUCCAGCUCAUGGUAAUCCAGAGGGGUUCAAAUGAAGGCAUCUGAACUUCUCUGGUUUCUUGAAGAUUUUUCGUUUCUCCUUCGAGGAUCUUUCCGACUGUGAUGUGGGAGAGUCAAGCUUGUUGUAGCUUAACGAGCAGAAACUGCCUAUGAACGCCCCUCCUCCCAAACCCCUGAUGAGUUGUUGAAGUGCGUAUUUUGUGGGGAAGGUUGACAAAACUCCUCAGAUGAGAAACAAAACAUCUUCUAGAAACCAAAGAAGUCCAGUUGCCUUCAUUUGAACCCCUCUGGAUUUGAUAUUAGAGUCUUUUAUUUCAAUUAAAGUGUUUGAUUUCCUGUGAAAGAAAACGAAAGGAGAAAAAUGUGCUCGUGUAAAAUUGUUCUUAUGACUGUCAGCGUCAUGGUAACUGUGAGUUAGUUCAAGCCUGUUUAGCUAAACAGCCAAGGAUAUUUUACUUCAACAUUUAAUUUAACAGACUAUAACAACGGUACUUGACUGUUACGCUUUUUUAAACCAGUGCAUGUUCAUUUGUGUCAAUAAGCAGAACAUCUGUUUUACGUAAACAUCGUUGUUAUUUCAUCUCGACGACAUUAACCAUCUUUAUCAUUUGUAAGGCUGUUUCAUUGCUAAGCCAUGUUCAAAGUCAUGCAACAGUCUGGAACCUGCUGAGGUCAGCAGUGAGUCAGACAAAGUCAUGGUAGUUUUUCUGUUAUUCAAACGAUUACAAACCGCUACCCUAACCAACAAAAAGUGAGAUUAUGAAUGUUCGGAGUUUUUAGCAUAGAAAACCACAUCUUUCAUGCAUUCGCUGCAACAUUAACUUGCUUUUAACUCCCAUAAUCAUCCCACUUCUCAUCCGCGCUUCUGCCAAACACCAAAUCUUAUCUGAAUGUGUUUCUGUCACAGAAAACCACAACAGAUGCUAAGAGUCGUUUCCUCACACGCUGCUUCACAGAAAAGGCCUUAAAUGUUUAACAAGAUAUUAAUAAUAAACUUAACUACUCAUCACGUUUUGCUUUCUCGUGCUGUUAAAUCAUCUGCACUGCUUUGCAUAGCAAAACAUUUUAACACGUUUAAAGUUAAAGUCCCGUGGUCAUCAUCACAUACUGGUGUGUCACGGUACGGGAUGGAAGGACCCAAAACGCAGAACCCAGGAUGACAAGAGGCAGGAGAUGAUGUAUAAGAAAAUCCUUUUAUUUGCAGGAUGAGUCCAAAACAAAAUAAAUCCAAAAGGGCUGAAGCCAGCAAUCCAAAAUGUCCAAAAAUAUAAACUAGAGAUCAAAAACACUAGAAACCACGAGAAGAACCAAGAAACACUAGAGGUAGGAACGAGAGACUGACAGAAUAACCACAAACAAUGGACCGACACAAGACAGAGCUUAAAUAACAGGGAGGAGUCAUUAGGGACAUUGGCAGCAGGAGUGUGGAGUGAGGGCUGGAGGGAAGGCAGGUGAAGAUAAUUAUCAAACUGGGAAAACAGAAUCUGAGCAGGGCCAAAUAACCUAAAGACUCUAAAACACAAAACUAAACCUAAAGACUGCGGGAAGGACUAACACACACACACACACACACACACACACACACAC